GCGGUUGGACGGCAGCGCAAACUUGUUGGGGCCAACAUGAUGAGUCUUGUGAGGAAAUGGGAGAGAACGGGCUGCAUGCUGCAGAUGGACGGGUGGUCGGAUAGGAGGAACAAACCACAUCUCAACGUAAUGGUUUCCUCCCCGGUUGGCACUGUGUUUUGGAAGUCCGUGUGCGUGGAAGGGAAGGAGAAGGAUUCAGCAGCCUACUUCAAGCUCCUGGAGGGAGUCAUCGAAGAGAUCGGUCCGCAGUCCGUUGUCGGCGUCGUGAUGGACAAUGCGAGGGUCUGUUUGAAGGCCGGGAAGAUGGUGGAGGCGAAGUACCCCGGGAUUUUCAGUGUCGGCUGCACGGCCCAUGCGUUGGAUUUGGCGCUGGAAGAUAUGUACAAGCGAAUGGACUGGAUAAAGGAAGUCGUCGACAAGGGCAACCAAGUGGGGAAGUUUGUGACCAACAUUGACAAGGUCCGCGCGAUGUUCAACAGAAUCGCAAACGCCCAACUCAAACGCCCAGCCGUCAUGAGGUUCGCAACGAACUUCGAAAUGCUGGAGUCGCUAAAGAGAGGGAUGACUUCACUCGAGUUGUGCGUCGGCAACCUGGCAUGGGUUGAGAAGUUGGUGAGGGCUGAGCAGGUGGAGGCAUUCAAUGCUGUCACGUGCACCAUCGUGGACAAUGGCUUUUGGGACGAGGUCGACAGAGCAAUCGCUGUCAUGGAGCCCGUGGUCAAGUUGCUGCGUUUGGUGGACAGUCCCGGAGCGACUUUCAGCAAGGUGUACUUCGGCAUGGACGAGAUCGUCGCACAGAUGCGGAUCCUCGACUGUUUGACGGAGGACGAGAACAAUUGGAACAUCCAAUUGACCACGAAGCGGGAGCGCGGAGAGACGGAGGACAGCACCAUUCCUUGGAAGGACAAUGACCUUGCGAAGACGGAGGUGGAGGAGUGGUAUGAAGACUGGACAAGGCAGGUCAUUGAUGGAAGAGUCGCUGAUGCAGCCGCGGAAGAGGUCGCAGAUGAAGAUGAUGAAGAUGGCCCUUUGGUGCGCACGUGGCAAAAGAACGACGCGGAGGACGACCUCGCGGACGAGGAGGAUGACAUCGCCCUGCUCGGCUCAGUGCAACGCACCUGGCAUGCGAACACGAAGUCGGGGAAGCACCGAGUCCGUGAGCUGCGCCGAAAGUCGGGCCUCCAGGAGCCCGAACCUGCAUUCGUUUACACGCUGGAGGGCCGUGACCGUGCCAUGAGCGCACGACAAGCGGGCGAUUGGGUGCACGGGAGAGAGGAGGCGUCUGGGUGUCGGCGACGGAAACGAAAGGCAGCAACACCUGAGCCCGAUGAAGCAGGGCCAACGCGCAGCAACACCCGAAAGGGGAAGAGUCAGGAAGGAGGCAAUGAAGUCGCGCCGUCGAAAAGGAAGAGGGGGCUGCCUCCUCUUUCACCUGCAAAGAAGGCUGCGAAUGUUGCAGCGAAGGUUGCGAAGAAGGCCGCAGAAGAUGAAGAGGCUGCAGCCAAGGCAGCAAAAGGAUCCGGUGCAGCAGAUGCAAGGCCGAAGGGGAAGCGUGGGCACCGGGUCAUGGAGGACGACGAUGACAAUUUGCAAUCGUCUUCAUCGUCAUCUUCCUCCGAAGAAAGAGCCCAAUCGUCAUCAUCCUCGUCAUCAUCCUCGUCAUCAUCGGAGGAGGCUUCCGAGGAUGAGCAGUCACAGGAGGAGUCUGGCGGGGAGCACGAGUCAGGGGAGGAGGCACAGUAGACCGCACAAUCCGCACAUCACGUAGAUACAGUCGAUUGUCCAAUGGACGAG